CAUAAAUGUCGUCUGCCGGUCAAGCCCCUUAUUUUUCAACGGCGAAUGCCCUUCUCUUGUUUGCAACGCCUCCCCGCCACGUGUCCUUCUCUUUUCUUCCUCCUCUAUCAAUUAAUCACCACUCCUUUUCCAAAAACAACUAAAGAAAAAUAUUUCUGUGUUAUAAUUAAGUCUCUCUCUGCGUGUGUGUGUGUGUGAUAUAGAGAGAGAGAGAAGAUGGAACUCGGAGGGAACAAUGGAGGCUUCCAUGGCUACCGCAGGCUCACAACAACCAACUCCGAGUUGAAAGCAGCAGACAUGAGCAACCAGCAUGGCGGGGAGGAGUCGGAAUGCAUCGUCCGCGAGCAGGAUCGGUUCAUGCCGAUAGCCAACGUGAUCAGGAUCAUGCGCAAGAUCCUCCCUCCCCACGCUAAAAUAUCCGAUGACGCCAAGGAGACCAUCCAAGAAUGCGUCUCCGAGUACAUCAGCUUCAUCACCAGCGAGGCCAACGACCGCUGCCAGCGCGAGCAGCGCAAGACCAUCACCGCCGAGGAUGUCCUCUGGGCCAUGAGCAAGCUUGGCUUCGACGACUACAUCGAGCCCCUCACCGUCUACCUUCACCGCUACCGCGAGUUUGAUGGCGGCUCCUUGAGAGGGGAGCCUCUCGUCAAGAGGAUGGUCGACCACGCCUCCAUGGGUUUCCACGGCUUUCCGCCACCGGCUUUCCACCACCAUGGCUUCUUCGGAGCUGCACCUAUGAAUUUCUUCAAGGAUUCACCUAAUGCUGGCCCAUCGCAGCAGGCUGCAGUCGCCUGCAUUGAGCCUUUCCCCCAGCAUAAGGACCAAUUGUAGGUAAUGCUGGUAUCAUUUCUAAUGUUGUUUUAGGUUUUUCCAGAUGUAACGUAGACGACUUAACCUUCUGUUUUGCAAAUUUCCAAACAAUUCCCUGCUCUUCUGUUCUCUUUAAUUAAUUGGGAUUUAUAGCCUUUGCUUCAAAUACCCGAAUUUGAAAAUUGAUUACCUUCAA